CGUAAGGUUAAGGUAAACUAAACACUACUUUGCAUUAGAAUUCCAUAUGAUCCUAAUUUUGGGUUUAUAGGUUUACUAAUUACUACUUUUUUCAAGCGUUGUUAAGAACACUGAUUUUUUUCCAAAAAUCAAUUCUAAAAAUUUUGCAACACGCGAUUACGUCUUCAUUGCUUCGGUGCUUCCUAUAUUAGUUAUCCCUAUUUCUGUUCUGUGUUCUUCCUUCCAGAAUCCAGCCUCCUCCGCCAGCACCGCAGCAGCCCGCCCAGCCUACUCCUCCAGAGGGCAGCCGGAAGCCUGCGGCCACCGCUUAGUCGCCCACCACCACCAGAAAACUUCUCUUAUCGGUUUUCACUCUCCUAGGGUGAAAAUGGUCAAAAGAUUUGGCCGGAAGCGUUCAUAUAAAACACCAGUGUUGUCAUCGGCGGUAAUUGAAGAGCGUAUAGAUAAGUGUAAAUUAACUCAUCUUUGUCCUGACGAAAUCGCCGACCAUCUGUACUCCGCUUUUCCCGACUACAACCACUACAAGCUCAUUCCUUUUCGCUCAAAAAUUAGGAAAAUUCUUCAACAACAAUUGCGGAAAAGAAAGAGGGAUUGUGCUAUAAAUGAUGAAAAGUAUUCUGUGUUGCGGUCCUCUGUUUCCACUAAUUCGUUUUCGAUGUCAUCUCAUGAUGACAGUGACAGUGAGGAUAUGUUGAAAUUCAUGCUUAGGGAAGGAUAUAAAGAUAAUUUGAAAUUUACUGAAAAUUCGAGGGACUGUGCUAAUUCGAAGGAUUCGGGUGAACUAUGUAGCAAAAUAAUCGAAGAAGAAAGAGGUGAUGACGAGAAAGACCUACAAAGAGGUGUUGGGCCAAGUUUUAGAGAUUUCGGAGGGAUUAAGAAGCUGCUGGAAGAUUUAGAAUGGGAUGUAAUUCAGCCUUUACGACACCCAAAGUUAAUGCGGCUUAUGGAUGUAAAGCCGAUUUCUGGGAUUUUGCUUUAUGGUCCUCCUGGUUGUGGUAAGACACGGUUAGCUCAAGCCAUUGCUCACGAGACAAGUCUUCCUUUCUAUCAGAUAUCCGCCCCUGAACUCGUCUCUGGUGUCUCCGGUGCAUCGGAGGAGAAGAUUCGUGAAUUAUUCUCAAAAGCAUAUAAAACUUCUCCUUCAAUUGUAUUUAUUGAUGAGUUCGAUGCAAUUGCUUCAAAGAGAGACAAUAUGCAAAAAGUGGCAGACUGUCGUAUUGUUAAUCAAUUAUUGACAUGCAUGGAUGAGUCUCAUAAGCCUGUGAAGCGGAAUGGUGAGAUUGCAAAUUGUGAACCUGAUGAACGAUUAGGUUAUGUUCUUGUUAUUGGAGCUACCAACAGGCCUGAUGCUAUAGACCCUGCAUUGAAGAGGUGUGGGAGAUUUGACAAAGAGAUCCUAUUACCAAUUCCUGAUGAAAAGGCAAGGGCUGAGAUACUCUCCUUAUUGACAUUAAACAAAAGAGUUGAUGGUGACCUUGAUAUGGCAAAAAUAGCCAGGGCAACUCCAGGCUUUGUUGGUGCUGAUUUAGUACACCUGGUUAACAAAGCUGGAAUUCUUGCCAUGAAAAGGUUCAUCAUUCAUCAGAGGUUGGAUCCAGGCGUUCAACUAGCGGAGGAUCAACUGGAUGAAUCUCCUGAAGAGUUGGAAAAGCUCAAGAUUUUGAUGGUUGAUUUCGAGGAGGCAGCUAAAUUGGUGCAACCCUCAUUACGAAGGGAAGGCUUCUCUGCCAUUCCAAAGGUGACAUGGGAAGAUGUUGGAGGACUGAAAGAAUUAAGAAGAGAGUUUGAACGCCAUAUUGUUGGGCGCAUAAAAUACCGUCAGCUUGAUGAGAUAGCUGGAGUGGAAUCUGCGACAGAUUUCUUGCUUUUUGGGCCCCCUGGUUGUGGAAAGACUCUGAUUGCCAAGGCUGUAGCUCAUGAGUCUGGAGCAAGUUUUAUCCAUAUCAAGGGCCCUGAACUUUUAAACAAGUAUGUUGGUGAAAGUGAAUCACAUAUAAGGAUGUUAUUUCAUCGCGCUAGGACCUGUUCUCCAUGCAUACUUUUCUUUGAUGAGGUGGAUGCUUUGACUGCACAGCGUGGGAAAGAAGGGAGCGGCGUUGUAGAUCGACUUGUAACCCAGCUUUUGAUCGAGUUAGAUGGCGGAGAAGAUCGUCGUGGUGUUUAUGUAAUUGGGGCUACAAAUCGACCUGAGGUGGUGGAUCGGGCACUCCGGAGGAACGGGAGAUUCGGAAAUCUCUUGUACGUGCCACUACCUAAACCUGAUGAACGUGGUUUGAUUUUAAACGCUCUGGCUAGGAAGAAACCGGUAGAUGCGAGCUUGAACCUGUUUGAUCUGGGCAGAAGUUCAAUUUGUGAAAAUUUUAGUGGUGCUGACCUUGUUGAACUGAUGAAUGAAGCUGCAAUGGCUUUGCGGGAUGAGAUGCUAACUGCUUUCAAAGAUGAGCCGACAUCAGGGAAGGGUGUUUUAGCAUCUCCUGAUUUCACUAUUAAGCAAGCUCAUUUUGAACUUGCACGACGUAGAGUUUUCCCUUCUGUGUCUGAAGAGCAAAGACAGUACUAUGAUAUGUUGUCAAAGAAGUUUAGAGCAACUUCAAAUUUUCCAAGGUAAGCCCGGGCUCAUUGGAUAGUUGGACAACACAAGACCUUGAUAGAUAUCGGAUAUGGGUCGUCUUGCCAAUCACCUACCUUCCCGAGCCCUGGCAAUUAAGCGGGAUUUAUUAGGUACAGUGGAUGGAUUGCAUUGUUGGAAAUUUGUUAUUGAAUUUAGGGGUGGUGGUUCUGGCCGGUUCAAGGUGCACCGAUCGCUUAGGAUUUUGUUAUUGUUGGGAACUUGUUACUAAUUCUUUCUUCCAACAUAAAAUUAGAAGAGAAUCAUUAGUUUAUUACUUUUUAUGUUCUUUUGAAACCCUUCUACCUUUUUGUUUCUUUCACUGUUACCAUUCUUUUUUCUACUGAAAUUAACAUUUCUUAUUCCUCUUUCAAAAAAUUGUUUUUGAAAGAAAAUGAGAACAAAUAAAUACUAUCAAAUUAUCAAUGCAUUAACCCAAAAUGACCAAUUCACAA